AUUUGCCUCCCCGCCCCCUCCCCUAGGUGGCAGAGAGAUCGCGCUGGCUGGAAGAGUGCAGCCCCUCGCCCGGUGCUCACUCCGCAGUCAGGGAGCCAGGAGAACUGCCCCCGAGGCGGAGCCUCCCUCCUGCCCCCGGGUACCACUACCCCCACCUGGGGUUGAGAGGCGGGAGCCGCGCUGCCCUCCCUCUGCGCCCCGGCCGCGUGGCUUGCGGCUUAUUUUCCCAGCUGGCAAGCGUCGCGCUGCAGACAAGGGAAUGCCUGUGGUUCUGCGUGUUCCGGAGCUCGGUGGCCCCCUGAUCCCGCCAAGCCCCCUCCAGGAGCGGAAGGGUUAAGAAUGAUGAAGGGAAAUGUCAAAGGAACGAGAACACCUGGGCCUCGCACAGCUGUCUACGAAUUCCGCCGGGAGCGGGCGGGCACCUUCCCAGCCUAUCUGAUCUGUUCUGGACCGCGGGUCACUUUCGGAUUUCUAACGCGUCUGGAUACCACCUUAACCAAACGUCCGCAAUAGGCUCGAAACGCGGUUCAGCAGAUGUGAUUGGCUGCAAAGGGACUUGCUGGACGGCGCUGGGAGGAAGAAGAGGAAGCGAGGAGCGUCCCCCGGCCCAUGCCGCAGCCACGGCCCCGGACCCGCCACGGCGCCAGCGCCGCCGCCCUCGCCGGAGCCCACGAGACCUGCAUGGACGGGCAUGGGCUUGAGAGCAGCACCUUCCUGCGCCGCCGCCGCCGCCUCCGCCGCCGCCGCCGGGGCUGAGCCGCGCCGCCGCCCCCGGCUCUGCCCGCCGCCCCUGGCGUUGCUGCUGCUGCUGCUGCUCAGCCUCGGGCUGCUCCACGCAGGUGACUGCCAACAGCCGGCCCAGUGUCGAAUCCAGAAAUGUACCACAGACUUUGUGUCCCUGACUUCACACCUGAACUCUGCCAUUGACGGCUUUGACUCUGAGUUUUGCAAGGCCCUACGUGCCUAUGCUGGCUGCACCCAGCGAACUUCAAAAGCUUGCCGUGGCAACCUAGUGUACCAUUCUGCUGUGCUGGGUAUCAGUGACCUUAUGAGCCAGAGGAACUGUUCCAAGGAUGGGCCCACAUCCUCCACCAACCCUGAAGUGACCCAUGACCCUUGUAACUACCACAGCCAAGCAGGAGCCAGAGAACACAGGGGAGGGGACCAGAACCCCCUCAAUUACCUUUUUUGUGGCUUGUUCGGAGAUCCUCACCUUAGAACUUUCAAGGAUCACUUCCAGACAUGCAAAGUGGAAGGGGCCUGGCCCCUCAUCGAUAAUAAUUAUCUUUCAGUUCAAGUGACAAAUGUGCCUGUGGUCCCUGGAUCCAGUGCUACUGCUACAAAUAAGAUCACGAUCAUCUUCAAAGCCCACCGCGAGUGUACAGAUCAGAAAGUGUACCAAGCUGUGACAGAUGACUUGCCAGCUGCCUUUGUGGAUGGCAGCACCAGCGGUGGGGACGGCGACGCCAAGAGCCUACGCAUCGUGGAAAGGGAGAGCGGCCGCUACGUGGAGAUGCACGCCCGCUACAUAGGAACCACGGUGUUUGUGCGGCAACUGGGCCGCUACCUGACCCUCGCCAUCCGCAUGCCCGAAGACCUGGCCAUGUCCUACGAGGAGAGCCAGGACCUGCAGCUGUGUGUGAACGGCUGCCCCCUGAGCGAGCGCAUCGAUGAUGGGCAGGGCCAGGUGUCGGCCAUCCUCGGGCAUGCCCUGCCCCGCACCUCCCUGGCACAGGCCUGGCCUGGCUACACACUGGAGACUGCCAAUGCUCACUGCCACGAGAAGAUGCCAGUGAAGGACAUCUAUUUCCAGUCCUGCGUCUUUGACCUGCUCACCACUGGUGAUGCCAACUUCACCGUUGCCGCCCACAGCGCCUUGGAGGACGUGGAGGCGCUGCACCCCAGGAAGGAGCGCUGGCACAUUUUCCCAAGCAGCGGUCAUGGGGAUCCCCUCGGCGGCUGCUCUCUGUCUGUCGGUCUAGGACUCACAUGCUUGAUCCUUAGUGUGUUUUUGUAGGGGUUGUCUUUUGUUCUGUUUAUUUUUUGUCUAUAACAAAAUUUUAAAAUAUAUAUUGUCAUAAUAUAUUGAGUAAGAGAGUAUAUAUGUAUAUACCAUGUAUAUGACAGGAUGUUUUUCCUGGGACACCCACAGUUUGUACAUAUUGUGUUGGACUGUUUUCAUGUAUGUUGGAUGUAGUAUUCUUUGAUUGUAUCAAUUUUAUUUUGCAGUUUUGUGAAAUGUUUUAUAAUGUCCCUGCCUGGGGACCUGUUAGAAAGCACUUUAUUUUUUAUAUAUUAAAUAUUUAUGUGUGUACCUGGUUAGUAUGUAUAGUACAUAUACACAGACACCGUAUGCAGCGCCCCCUUUGAAGAUGACCAGUGGUAAUGUGUGUAGCUGUUCAUGGCUGCCCCCUCCUGCCUUUUCCUGUUGCUACUGACAUGCCACGCGGGCAGCUUCGCUCGCCUCCGGGGGGAGCCGCCUUGUUCCUUCGAGCGCAGUCCUCACCUCUUCUGUAUUCACUUGAUUUGGAAGAAUGGUUAACUCGCCCUUACAGGUGUUUUUGGCUCUUUUAUACUGAUCUCAAGGAAGCCCUCCCCCUCCAAUAGCUGUCACUUUUUCAAAGGGUGGGCAGAAUAUUACAAUAACCCUUAUUAACUAGGGUAGUUGUAUCUGAGCACUUCCGGUAUGUUAGGCUGAACCAUAUGAAACUGCUGUUUUUAUAGGUCAGAAGGAGCUGGGGACAGCAAUGUCAUAGAUAAAUACCAGGCAUUUUGCUCGAUUCCGAUAGCUCAGACUUUUUCUCCUCUCGUGUCCCUGUCUAAACAAUACUUUUACCUGGUCUUAACUCCAUGCUUCAUUGAACAAACAAAACACAAAGAUGAGUUUAGUGGUCAUACCUUGCUCUUCUCUAAUUUGUGCAAACCCACAUUCUUAGCCUCCCCCUCCUUGGCUCCUUGGGCCCAGAAACAGUGCUGCCUGUCCCCGGUCAACCCUCCUCAGCCUCACUCUGAGCCCAGGCCGUGGGGACUGGUAGGUUCUGGCUAAUGAGGCCCUCAUCCCAUCACCACAUUUUCCACUCUCCUUUGCCCUCCACACUGUACCCUUCUUCACAGUUUUUUUUGUUUGUUUUUUUCUUCGCAGUUUUUGACAUGUCUGUACACAUGAUGGGAUGGACUAGGGUGGUAAUGACCAAAGCGUCCUGGCCUGACAGUGCAGCUAACUCGGUGCUGGUUACCCUAGAUGUUCUUAAGCUGUGCUGCUUCCCAAGUGGCCUCUUUAAUCAGACACGCUCCCUCUUAACAUCUGUAGCUGAAUAUUACUUAGUUGCUCAUUUAACUUGGUAAAUUCCCUAGAAGGUAAAAGAUCUCUCUGUACCCCUUCUAGUCUAUCAUCGGCACCCCCUGCAAAAGGAAAACGCCACCACCAACAGGCAAGCACAGUGACAGGAAGUGAACUCCAGGGUGGGUAGCUUUAUAUUGUUAUACCUAAAAUGUAAAUGUUCAAUUCCAAGAAAAGGUGAUAGAAUUUGUACUUUUAAGUUUACAUAAAUAUAAACAAAAGGGAAUGAACUUUAAAUAAAUGCCAGGGAGUUGGAAGGAAACCUGUCAUCCUUUUAUAAAAACUGUGCUAGGUGCCUACCUACCAUCAGCCCUGAACUGGGGCUGCUUUGUUCACCUAUGGAACCAUGUGCCAGGUUCAGAAACUAGUUCGCUAUUAAUUUUGUUUUGGAAUUGAGUAGCAUGAAGGAGAGAAAAUAUUUAGGGUACUUCUAACCACUAUUUUUGCGCAAAUAGUAUAAAAGUAAAGUAAAAACGAUAGAAAUUUCUACAGUAUCUGGAUUUAGAGCAAAACAACCACCUCUACUAAUAGUUGGGAAAAGAAAAUUAGGUCACUUUGCCAUGUUUAACUUGAAAGGAAGCAAAAGCAUCCAACAUCAGUACCAAUGUAUUCAGCUAGGCUCCCUUUAUAACCAGUGCCCCUGUACAACCUUCACACUCCCCACAGAUAACUGUUUCAGAAAUACAGGUGUUUCUCUAGAGAAGGGCCAGCUUUAUUUCCUUUUCUAGGAUUUCUAGAGGAAGUACUGCUUGCACAUGUUGGUUCCUGAAACUCUCUUUAACCAGAAGAGUUUUGGGUCAUUCCGACACAUGGAUAGGCAGUAGCUGUUCAAAGGUCUCCUGGGGGAGCUGAAAACUUGGGAGGAAAACACUGGUUUUCACAGAUGCUCCACAUAGCUGUCUUUUAAAAGACUCAAAACAUUUUUUGGUCCUCUUUGUUAUGCUUGGAAACCCCACAGUGUGUCAAAAUCUUUGCAAAGAAACCUUUAGAUGUGGUUCCUAGGUAUAUGAAUAAGUAUCUGUGUAAAACAGUGAGUGUGCAGUGUGUAAAUACUUUAAAUUAUUAUGCUAGAAAAAUAAAGUUACAUACCAUGCUGUGGAA